ACACCAGCCUCUGAACUCCCCGUGUGUGAAGGGAGGACAGACACACACACACACACACCUGUGAGACCCGCACACACACACCUGCCCGCUCUCACACUCUCUCCUCGAGCACCUGGAGCAGAGAUGCUCAGGGUUCAGGCCGUCCUGCUGCUGGCGCUGGUGUCGGCCGGCGCCGUGGAUUUGGGAGGCGCUCCGGCCGGCUUCUAUCCGCGCUUCAAUCCCUUCUUCUUCCUGUGCACUCACCACGGUGAGCUGGAGGGGCCCGCGGGGGCCGACGGAGGAGGAGAGGUGCUGCUCACCUUCCAGAUCCACGGGAGCCCCGCAGCCUACGUCCCGGGACAGGAGUACCAGGUGACGAUUUCGACCAGUACCUACUUCGAUGGACUGCUGGUCACGGGUCUCUACACCUCCACCACCGUCCAGUCGUCUCCCAUCCCCGCGUCUCCAGCCUUCGGCUUCGGCGUGAUGUCGGACAGACAGUUCGGGACUCAGUUCGUGUGCAGUGUGGUGGCGUCUCACGUCAGUCACCUGCCCUCCACCAGCCUGAGCUUCAUCUGGAUCGCUCCUCCGCCCGGCACAGGCUGCGUCAACUUCAUGGCCACAGCGACGCACCGAGGACAGAUCAUCUUCAAGGACGCUCUGGCUCAGCAGCUCUGUGAGCAGGGAGCUCCCACUGAAUCUCCUCUGCGGCCCAGUCUAGCUGUGGUUCACGGUGAUCACGCUGUUCUCCGAGAUGAUUUCGAACACAACACACAAGAAGAGCUCAAUCUCAGUAUCUGGUCGGACUGCAGUAACUGUGAGGUGGGAGAGCAGUGCGGAGCGCUGAUGCAUGGGAAGGCAGUGACGUUUUGUGAACCCUUCGGACAGAGAGAACUGACGUCAGUGGCUCUGAACACGAGCACAGCUUCAGUCCUGCAGUUUGCCUUAGGAUCUGGUUCGUGUCGGUUCAGUUACUCAGACCCCAGUAUCAUCAUCUCCUGCGGUCGGAACACCUCUGAUGACUGGAUCACCUUGGAGAAGAUCAGGGCUCCCACUAACAGCAGCACAGUGGUUCAUCUCGUGCCGCUGCCGGCCGGCUGUAAAGGCGAGUCUGUGCACCUGCGCUGGAGUCAGGAGCCGCCCGUGGGGCCCGACGGCUACGAGUCCUGCUGGGGUCUGGACAACAUACUGGUGCUCAACAGCGCUGACCGGCCCCCGCUGCUGGAGGACAACCUGGACCCGCUGGACACGGCCAACUGGCUCUUCUUCCCGGGAGCCACAGUCAAGCACGCCUGUCAGUCGGAGGGAAACGCCUUGUACUUCCACGGCGGAGAGGGGCUGGAGCACAGCUUCGCCUCCACACGUGACGUGGACCUGCACCGUGAAGAGGGCCGCAGUUACUGGGAGGAAGACUUCGAGAGUCCACUGAGUGGAUGGGAGGUGGACGGAGCGGUGUAUGGAGCUCAGUGUGGGGAGGUGGAGUCCGGAUCAGCGCUCGUCUUUCUCAGAGACGGACCGAGGAAGGUUUGCACUCCGUACCUGAACACCAGCGCCUACGGAAACCUGCGGUUCCACUUCGCCAUGGGGGCUGGAGGCUGCGACCCUGGAGAAUCCAGCAAGAAUAAUGUCGUCCUUUUUGGCCGCUCAGAGGGCAGAAAAGAUCAUGUGCUUCUGGACGUACUGCCAUACUCCGCCUACAGGACUCCUACAGUAGUCUCCAUUGGUUUGCCCACAGAGCUACAGACUCCGGCCACUCAGUUUUGUCUAGAACAGAAGGUUCACGGCGGGGCGAACCGUCACGUUUGGGCUCUGGACUUCCUGCAGCUGCUGCCUGUGCUGCCCGGUGCCAACACUCACCUGGUGCAGUUCUCCAUCAACCUCGGGUGUGGCGCGUAUCAGCCGGCCAACAGCAUCAAUCUGGAGUUCUCGUCGAAUCACGGGCGCUCCUGGUCACUCCUGCACACCGAGUGUCUCCCUGAGCUGUGUGCCGGCUCACAUCUGCCCCAUAGCAGCAUCUACUCCUCAGAGAACUACAGCGGAUGGACCAGGAUCACCAUUCCUCUGCCCAACGCCGCGCUGACCGAAAGCACUCGCUUCCGCUGGAGACAGACCGCUGUGGGAACCAGCAACAUGUGGGCCAUCGACAACGUGUAUAUCGGGCCGUCCUGUUUGCGCUUCUGCUCCGGUAGAGGACACUGUUCACGCACGGGCUGCAAGUGUGACCCUGGUUUCAGCGGUCCUGCGUGUGAGCUGGCGUCUCAGACCUUCCCUGCGUUUCUGUCCGAGAGUUUCUCCAGCGUGAGGCUGUCGUCCUAUCACAGCUUCUCCUCGCUGCGCGGGGCAGAGGUCAGCUUCGCCUGCGGGGUUCUGGCCAGUGGGAAAGCGCUGGUGUUCAACAGAGACAGUAGAAGACACAUCGUUACAACACCGCUGGACAGCUCACAGGCCAGGUAUCUUCAGUUCACGCUCAGACUGGGCAGCCGCAGCACCUCCAGCUCGUGUCCAGCUCCGGAUCAGCCGGGCGAGGGUGUGCUGUUGCAUUACUCCUCAGAUAACGGCAUCAUCUGGACGCUGCUGCAGCAUUACUCUUAUCAGGGCUUCCAUGAGCCCAGGAUUGUGUCUGUGGAGCUUCCUCCCGGGGCCCGUAAGUUCGGGGUUCAGUUCCGCUGGUGGCAGCCGUAUCACUCGGGCCGCGGCCAGGACGUCUGGGCUGUGGAUGAGAUCAGCAUGACCUCUGUCCUCUUCAACAUCAUCAGCCUGGACUUCAGUAAUGUGUUAGAUGUGACGCAGAGCCUGGGCUUCUAUCUGGGGAACGUGCAGCCGUACUGUCAGCACGACUGGACUCUCAGUUUUUCAGGCGAUCAUGGCUCGGCCUCCAGUAUUCGCUAUGUGGAAACACAGUCCAUGCAGAUCGGCGCGUCCUACAUGAUCCAGUUCUCUCUGGUCAUGGGCUGCGGACGGGAGCCUUCGCCGCACAUCGACACGCAGGUCCGGCUGGAGUUUUCCACCAAUCACGGCUUGACUUGGCAUCUUGUCAAAGAGGCCUGUCUGCCAGGCAUGCCGAGCUGCUCCGAGUUCACGGCCUCCAGCGUCUACCAUCCGUCUGAGUUCACAGACUGGAGACGGAUCACGCUUCCUCUGCCUUACAAGACCUGGUCGAGUGCGACACGUUUCCGAUGGAUCCAGAACUACUACCAGGAGCAGGAUGAGUGGGCGCUGGAUGACAUUUACAUCGGGCAGCAGUGUCCGCAGAUGUGCCGAGGACAUGGCUGGUGUGACCACGGACACUGCAGGUGUGAUGAAGGCUUCACGGGCUCAGACUGCCAGCCCUUCAACACUCUGGCCUCCAGUGUGCUCUCAGACUUCGAGUCGCAGGAAACCCUGAUGUCAGCCUGGCAGGAAGUGACCGGAGGCGAGAUCGUGCCGCCCGACCAGGGCUGUGGCGUGGUUUCCUCGGGAUCCUCUCUGUACUUCAGUAAGGCCGGGCUGCGGCAGCUGGUCAGCUGGGACUUGGACACGGAGUGGGCGGAGUUUGUGCAGUUCUACCUGCGAAUGGGCGGAGACGGAGCCGAGUGCAAUCAGGCGGACAGCAGGGAGGAGGGGCUUCUGCUGCAGUACAGCAACGAUGGAGGAAUCAGCUGGGGUCUGAUCGCAGAGAUGUACUUCACUGACUUCACCAGACCGCGGUUUGUUCAUUAUGAACUUCCUCUGGCCUCUAAAACGCCCUGCACCCGUUUCCGCUGGUGGCAGCCGCUCCACUCCGGCGAGGGCUACGAUCAGUGGGCCAUCGAUGACGUGAUCAUCCUGUCCGAGCGAGAGAAGCAUGUCAUCCCGAUGGCCGAUCCCACGCUUCCUCAGAACUUCUAUGAGAAACCGGCUUUUGAUCAUCCGCUCAACCAGAUGAGUGUGUGGCUGAUGCUGGGAAACGAAGGAAUGGACAAGGACCGUAACGGCAGUUUCUGUGCUCCCACACCCUCGGCCAUAGUGUUCGGACGAUCGGAUGGUGACCGGAUGGCGGUGACCAGAGACCUGUCUCUCCGUCCGGGAUACACACUGCAGUUCAAGCUAAACAUCGGCUGUGAGUCGGUCUUCAGUGCAUCUGCGCCCGUCCUGCUCCAGUACUCUCAUGACGCGGGCCGCACGUGGGCUCUGGUGCGCGAGGGCUGUUACCCAGCAUCCCCUGGGGCCAGCAGCUGUGAGGGGAGCGGCCGCGAACUCAGAGAGCCCACGGUUUACAACACAGGAGACUACGAGCGCUGGACCAGAAUCACUGUUGUGCUCCCACGAAAUGUGGCUGCCAGCAAGACACGCUUCCGCUGGUUCCAGGAGAGCAGUGUCUAUCGGGACGCCCCUGCGUUCGCCCUGGACGGCGUCUACAUCUCUGAGCCCUGUCCCAAUCACUGUGGAGGUCAUGGAGACUGUAUCUCAGGCGUCUGCUUCUGCGACAUGGGGUACACAGUCGAGAUGGAUCGGUCGAGCUGCGUCCCGUCUGCACCGAGUCCCACUGAACUCUCGGAGGACUUCGAGGGGAAGCUGAGCUCACUGUGGCAGAGCCUGAGCGGAGGACAGAUCGGUGACGGCUGCGGGACCAUCAGUGAAGGCAAAGCGCUGUACUUCAGCAGCCUGGGCCGACGAGAGGCUCGCACCGCGCCGCUGGACACCACCAACACUCGUCUGGUUCAGUUCUACAUUCGGAUUGGAGGGAAAAACAUGGGCUCCACCUGCACUCGCCCCCGUUCCCGAAAUGAAGGUGUGAUUGUCCAGUUUUCCAUAAACAACGGCGUGCAGUGGCAGCUCUUACGAGAGUUGGACUUUGGCUCGUUCCUGGAGCCUCAGGUGGUCACCAUCGAGCUUCCGCCCGCAGCAAAGACGCCCCACACCGUGUUCCGCUGGUGGCAGCCGCAGCAGGGGAAACACUCGGCCCAGUGGGGCCUGGAUAAUAUUCUGAUCGGAAUGAACGACAGCGCCAGAAGUGGAUUCUUUGACACGUUUGAUGGCACUUCUCCCUUAAGACACAACUGGUAUCGAGUUGUAGGCGGAGAGGUGACCGCAGACUGCCUGAGCCGAGACUCGGUGCUGAGCUUCAACUCUGAGCUCAUGGACAAGAGGCCGCGUUACGCUGAGAGCUGGGACUUCGAGGUGUCCGGAUCCUCCUUCCUGCAGUUUGAUCUGAGCAUGGGCUGCAGUAAGGCAGCGUCUCCAGCCCACGGCGUCCGUCUAGAGUUCUCCACCGACUGCGGCCGCCGCUGGACUCUCGUCACGCCCGAGUGUGUGCCGCCCGCCAUCGGCUGCUCCGGAUACAGCCAGCGGUCGGUGUACAGCUCGCCUCAGUAUCUGCAGUGGAGGAGAGUCACUGUCUACCUGCCCAGCGCUGCCAUUUCUCCUAGAACGAGGUUCCGCUGGAUUCAGCCGGUUUUUGCUCCCGGAGCUGAUGGCUGGACGCUGGACAAUGUGCUGCUGACGCCCGGCUGCCCGUGGAUGUGCUCUGGACACGGCCUGUGUGACAGCGGACACUGCGUCUGUGACAAGGGCUUCGGCGGGGCUCACUGUGUGCCUCUGGUCGCUUUACCGUCCGUUCUGAAGGAGGACUUCAAUGAGAACCUGAAGUCAGAUAUCUGGCCGGAGGUGUACGGGGCAGAGCGGGGAACGCUGAGCGGAGAGCCUCUGAAAUCAGGAACGGCUCUCAUCUUCAAAGGCGAGGGACUGCGGAUGCUGGUUUCAACAGAUCUGGACUGCACAAACACCAUGUACAUCCAGUUUUCAUUCAAGUUCAUAACUAAGGGCGUGCCCGAGCGCUCUCACUCCGUGCUGCUGCAGUAUUCAGUGAAUGGAGGGAUCAGCUGGCUGCUUAUAGACGAGUUUUAUUUCCCCACUUCCACAGACACGCUGUUUGUUCACAUGUCUUUGCCUCCCAGUGCGCAGACGAACGCUACACGGUUUCGAUUGUGGCAGCCGUACAACAGCGGUAAGAAGGAGGAGGUGUGGGUGAUUGAUGACCUGAUCAUAGAUGGCAACAGCAUCAAUAAUUUGCCGGUUAUAUUGGAGAGCUUUGAGGCUGGACCUCAGGAGGGGAACUGGCUGUUUUAUCCUGGAGGAAACACUGGAUUCUACUGCCCGUAUCAGAGAGGAGGACUGGAAGAGGACUCCGCCAUGGUGUUCAUGUCCAGUGAGUUGGGCGAACACUCGAUUACCACGAGAGAUAUUGAUGUCAACGAGAACACCGUCAUCCAGUUUGAGAUCAAUGUGGGCUGCACAACUGAAAGCUCUUCCCUGAACCCUGUGCGUCUGGAGUUUUCGCGGGACUUCGGAGCCACGUGGCAUCUGUUGGUCCCUCUGUGUGCCGGCGGCCCGAGGCUCAGCUCGCUCUGCUCCACUGAACUCCACCCUGCCAGCGUCUACUAUCCUGGAACCACGCAGGGCUGGAGAAGAGAAAUGAUCCACUUCGGCAAGCUGCGGCUGUGUGGAUCCGUGCGGUUCCGCUGGUACCAAGGGUUUUAUUCCAGCGGCACGGCUCCGCCCACCUGGGCCCUGGACAGCGUCUACAUCGGCCCUCAGUGCCAGAACAUGUGUAACGGCCAUGGCGUGUGUGUUCGAGGCACUCACUGCGACUGUGAUCCGGGUUACUCUGGUUCCGACUGCUCCAUUCCAGAUGUGCCGAACCCAGAUUUCCUGAAGGAGGAUUUUGAAGGUGGAGUUUUGGAUUCUGAACAUUUCAAGCUGAUGAGUGGAGGAAAACCUUCCAGAAAGUGUGGCAUCACCACCAGCGGGAACCACCUGUUCUUCAGUGAGGACGGUUUGCGGAUGCUGGAGACUUUGGAUCUGGACCUGUCUAACGCUAGGUUUAUCCAGUUCUUCCUGAGGCUGGGCUGUGGGAAAGCGGCCCCUGAUCCGCGCUCCCAGCCGGUGCUCCUGCAGUUCUCCGUGGAUGGAGGGCUGAGCUGGGCUCUGCUUCAGGAGUUCCUGUACAGCAACAGCAGUAACCAGGCUCACCUGGUGGCCCUGGAGAUCCCUCUGCGAGCGCGGACUCCGGCGACACGCCUGCGCUGGUGGCAGCCGUCUGAGAACGGACACUUCCAUAGUCCCUGGGUUAUUGAUAAACUGGUGGUGGGCGGCAGUGCCAGUGGUUGGGGCCCGCUGGAGGACGACUUCUCCUCCACAAACGGCCGCUCUUGGCUGCUGCACCCCGGCGGCACGCGGAUGCCCGUGUGCGGCUCUGACGGCGAAGCCUUCGCCUUCAUCGAGAAAUCAAACACACGCUACGGCAUCACCACCGACAUCAGUCUGGGCCCGGACGCCUUCGUCCAGUUUGAUUUCUCUGCCUCCUGCUCGGUCACCUCGUCCUGCUACACGGUGGAGCUCGAGUACUCUUUGGAUCUGGGCCUCACGUGGCUGCCGCUGGUCAGGGAUUGUUUACCCACAAGUCCAGAUUGCUCUUCUUACACACUGCAGAGGUUGUUGGUGUCUGAUACUUACAACAAGUGGGGCAGAAUUACUUUACCCAUACCACACUACGCCAGGUCCACAGCCACACGGUUCCGCUGGUUCCAGCCGGCGCCCUUCGAUAAGCAGCAGACGUGGGCUCUGGAUAACCUGUACAUCGGUGACGGCUGUCCUGACAUGUGCUCCGGCCGCGGCCGCUGUAGACAGAGCUCCUGUGUAUGUGACCCGGAGUGGGGAGGCGAGUUCUGCGAUGAGCCGCUGGUCUCUCUGCCCGUCCAGCUGAAGGACAGUUUCAGUCGAGCUCCGGCGCUCAAUCACUGGCACCUGCUGACCGGCGGCAAGAUCAGCAGCGUCUGUGGCGCGGUGGCCUCAGGAUCCGCCCUGCACUUCAGCGGGAGCUGCUCUCGUCAGCUGGUGACGGUGGAUCUGAAUCUGACCAGCGCUGAAUUCAUCCAGUUCUACUUCAUGUACGGCUGUAUGAUCGCGCCCAGCAACCGCAAUCAGGGCGUUCUGCUGGAGUUCAGUGUGAACGCUGGCAUCAGCUGGAGUCUGCUGACCGAGAUCUUCUACGACCAGUACAGCAAGCCUGAGUUUGUGAACGUGUUGCUGCCGGCUGCGGCGCGGGUCGUGGGCGUUCGGAUACGCUGGUGGCAGCCUCAGCAUGACGGUGCGGAUCGGAGCGACUGGGCCCUGGAUAAUGUGCUGAUCUCCGGCUCAGACGCUCACGCUCAGAUCUCAGACACGUUUGGAGGAGUGGCACUGCCCAGUCAUGAGCGAGCGCCCGCCGACGGCACACACACCCGCCACAGCGGCUCGCUCGCCCAUCAGGAGGAGACCAUCGUGAGCGAUCACUGGCUGUUUUCUGAAGACUGCUCCGUGAAACGUUUCUGCAGCUCUCCAGACGGAGUCAUGGUGUGCGGAAACACCGAUGGACAGGAAGUUUACGCCGUUACGCAUGACUUAGUUCCUGCCAAAGGCUGGGUCAUGCAGUUCAAGAUUGCGGUCGGCUGCAGCGUGCCGGAGAAGCCUGCGGAGAGACAGGUUCACGUUCAGUACUCGGUGAACUUCGGUGUGACCUGGAAGUACCUGGUGCCUCAGUGUUUGCCUGCAGACCCUCGCUGCGCCGGACAGGUGUCGCAGCCGUCCGUCUUCUUCCCUGCCGACGGAUGGAAGCGAGCCGUCUACCCUCUGCCAGACAGUCUCGCAGACACAACGGUGCGGUUCCGCUUCUAUCAGAGGCACUCGGAUACGCAGUGGGCGGUGGAGAACUUCUACAUCGGUCCAGCCUGUGAGAACCACUGUGGAGGUCACGGAGACUGUCUGGACCAGCACUGCCUGUGCGACCCCGGGUUCACGGGGCCGAGCUGCUACGCCAGCAGCACGCUGAAGGCCUCGCUGAAGGAGCGCUUCGACUGGGACGGGGCCCGCGGGCCGCAGUGGCAGAUGCUGGAGGGCGGCUCCCCCUGUACCGACUGCAGGGUGCUGGUGGAGGGAACGGCUCUGUAUUUCAACGGGGCGGGCGCCAGACAGGCGGUCACUAGCGAUCUGGACUUGCGUGGGGCGAAAUUUGUGGAGUAUUGGGCUAAAAUCGGCAGUGAGGAGAAUGUUACGCUGUGCCAUCGUCCAACCUGUCGGAAAGAGGGCGUGUUAUUGGAUUAUUCUAUUGAUGGAGGUGUGUCCUGGACUUUGCUCCAUGAGAUGGACUAUCUGAAGUACGUAUCUGUGAGGAGAGACUACAUCGUGUUGCCGGAGAGAGCUCUGACCAACGGCACGCGUCUGCGCUGGUGGCAGCCGUUCUCACUGUCGUCAGGCCUGGUCAGGCCCAGCGUGGAGCGCGCUCAGUGGGCUUUAGACAACAUCCUCGUGGGCGGCUCUGACAUUAACCCCAGCACUCUGCUGGACACCUUUGAUGAUGAGGGUGUCUCUCAUGAAGAGAGUUGGAGCUUCUAUCCCAACGCUGUCCGUACGGCCGGAUUCUGCGGAAACCCGUCUUUCCACUUGUAUUGGCCCAACAAGAACCAAGACGGCUCGCACAACAUCCUGGCAACCCGUGAACUCAUUGUUCAGCCUGGAUACGUCUUACAGUUCAAGAUUGUGGUCGGCUGUGAGGCAGACAGAUGUGAUGACCAUCAUUCAGUGCUUCUGCAGUACAGGAAGGAUGCCAGGUCAGACGUGUGGCAGUUAGUCCAGUCCGCCUGUCUCCCUUCCUCCGUCAACAACGUGGGUUGCUCACCUUUCCAGUUCCACGAGUCCACGAUCUACAGUCCUGUCAACAGUUCAGCGUGGACCAGAGUCACCAUUCAACUGCCUGACCAUGUGUCUUCUGGCGCGACACAGUUUCGUUGGAUUCAGCACGAGGCGGCUGGCGAGCGCUACAGCUGGGGCGUGGAUCACGUGUACAUCGGGGAAGCGUGUCCUGGUCUGUGCAGCGGUCAUGGGUACUGCACCAGCGGACCCGUCUGCAUCUGUGAUGAAGGGCAUCAUGGUGACGACUGCUCUUUGUCCAGCAGUGAACUGCCCAGCUCUAUAAAGGAUAACUUUGAGUCGGGUUCAGUGUCUCAGGAGAGCUGGAGUUUGAUUCAAGGGGGCGGGGUGGGCAGCGGAUGUGGUCAGCUCUCUCCUCACGCUCAUGGGGACUCGCUGUACUUCAACGGCUGCAAGAUGAGACAAGCCAUCACUAGACCUCUGGAUCUGACCCGUGCUAGUAAGAUCAUGUUCGUGCUGCAGAUAGGCAGUGUGUCUCAAACAGACAGCUGUAACGCUGCCCUGGAUCAGGCGGAUACAGUUGACCGGGCCGUGCUUCUCCAGUACAGCGUCAAUAAUGGAGUUAGUUGGCACGUCAUUGCGCAACACCAGCCAAAAGAUUUCAUCAAAGCCCAGAGAGUGUCCUACAACAUCCCACUGGAGGCUCGUGUACGGGGGGUACAGUUGCGAUGGUGGCAGCCACGCCAUGAGGGCGCAGGUCAUGAUCAGUGGGCGCUGGACCAUGUGGAAGUCAUUCUUGUCAGCACCCGUAAACAAAACUACAUGAUGAACUACUCCAGACAGACGGGUCUACACCACUACUACAACAGGAAGAGGCGAGCAUUGCGGCAACGAACCUAACCGCUCGGAAAGAACAACCUGCCGCUCACACGUUAUUCCGUUGGCUACGAUCCGCUUUCCCUGAUGAGAAAACACCAUGUCAGGUCACUUCUGUCAGCAUAUGGCCAUUCUCUCUCAUCUGAACGAUACAUCGGACCAUCUAGUCCCAUUUCUAGCCAAUCAAUGCCUUCCCAGAGCAGUGUGAUGGGAAAGACAAGCACCUAAACGUGGCGAUUUUUGUAUACUAUCUAUGAACUAUUGGGUUUCCUAAUUCUGUUUGUUAUUAUAAUCUUGUUUGAAUUCUCCUGAUGUGAACUACUACAAAGCUCUCCUGCUCUCACCUCACUUUCUACCACACUGUGAAGUUAUUCUGAUGGUUAUGAUGAUCAUUACUAGUGCUGAUAAAGUUCGAGCACAGAGGAAAACUGAAGAAGACUCAUUCUGAAGCAGUUUCUUGGAUGAAGAUAAUGUGUUUUGCUGUUGUGUGUCUGUGGGUUUGUUUUGUGAUGCGUUGAUUGUGGUGUUCCAAUCAUUUGUUAGUUUUAUACUAACUCGUAUCUUUUGGGCUUUGAUCAUUUUUCCUUUGGGAGAAGUCAGCCUUGGAGAGGGGGGAAAAAAAGAAAAGCAGAGAAUGAAAAGAAAGAAUACAUUUAAAAAGAGAGACUAACAAUGUUUUGUUGUUGUUGAUAAAUCACUUUUUUAUAUAUCUUGGUUCCUUAAAAAUAUUUAUGGUAAAUGGUUCUCCACUUAACCUAUUUAAAAUACACUGUGUGUGAAAUCUGUGUUUUUUGUUUGUUUGUUUUUUAUUAUUUUUUUUUACGUUUAAGUUAUUAGGUCAGGUUUCUUAGUUGCGAUCAACACCCUUCCCUUCUCAUUCAGUGUCAUCCAGUUGUGCUGUUAGACAUUCCCUCAUUUCCCUUCUUUCUUUGAUUACCUGUCAGUGUUGUUUAUGAUGUUACCUUCUCCCCUUCUUGGUGUAGCUCUCCAAUAUAGCAAGUUCUUGUAUAUAUAUAUAUAAACAUUGUAUAUAUAUAUAUAUGCAGGGAUCCAUCAGCCUUAUAAAAGGGAAUAAAGUACUGUCAAAACCUCCAA